AUGAUCUUCUUACACGUUUUCGUUAUUUACAAUCUCGAAUUUAUCCACCAUUUUAACCUUUUUUUUACAAGUCAUUUAUCGCAAGUUUAUCGAGCAUUUGAACCUGGUCUACAUACAUUAACUUGGUCGAGUCUUAAUAUUGAUGUAUAUAUUGCUAAAGUUCAUCGUGCACUUGAUCGUUUUGAGACAUCAAUUUCAAAUAUUAAUACGUUAAUAGCAGAAAAAAUUGAUAGUAUACUUGAUAAUGAAUUAAUGAAUUCAUCAUGUCUUUUAUUUUCAAUUGAUUAUAUUCGUUCAAAAUUAUGGACACCAACAGAAUUUCUUGAAAAAAUGCGUUUACAUUUAAAUGAACAAUCAAUAUUAAUUGGUGAAAAAUUACAUCAAAUUCAACAAACAUUUCAAGAAGUUGAAGAUAUGUUAAAAUUAAAUUCAACUGGAUCAAAAUCACGUUCAUCAACAUCAUCAACACGACGAGUAAAAACAGCAACACCGGCUGUUACAAAUGAAGUUAUGAUGGAAUUUGUUAGAUAUUAUCAUGAUAAAAUGAAUUAUUGUAUACAAAAAAUAAUUGAACGAACUUUAGUUACUUAUAUUGAUUUAGUUUCGAUAACAGAAACAAAAUAUUUAAUUGAUCAAACAAAAUUAAUUCGAUUUCUAUUUGAAGGACAAGAUAUUGAUGAACAAUUAAAUGUUGAUACACAACGAAUUAGAAUCGGUUGUACAAUGCAAUAUGCUAUACCGGAAAUAAUUAUUGAUCCACAAUUAAGUUCAUGUCAAAAAUGUAUUUGCGAUGUUGCUCGUGCAAUUAUGGAUUGUGAAAAACAAAUAAGUGAAUCUGCUGGUUUUGACAAUGAAACUGUUCAUCGUUUAUCUUCAAUAAUCGAAUCAAAUACUCAUUUAUCUAGUUUAAUUGAUCGUUUAUCAUCAAUUGAUAAAGAUGUAACACGUAGAUCUCAAAGUGCUAUAGAAUAUAUUCGUACAUUUGAUUUUCUUUGGCGAGAUGAUUCCCCAUUACAAUAUCAAACAAUUAUUCAACAAGAUGAAAAUGAUGAAGAUUAUACAAUAAUAGUUGAUCCAAAUGCUAUUCCAUCAGCAGAUGUUCGUAAAUAUUUACAAAAUGAACUUGAACGUCUUAUAGGAAUUGAAGAACGUCUUAAUAUAUUACCACAUGAAAUUCAAAUUGGUUGUAUUUGUAUUGAAACGAUUCCAAUUGUAAAUUCAUUAAAAACAUUUAUAUUUAGUUGGAAGACUCAAUAUGCUAAAUUAUUACAUAGAUUUGCAAAGUUUGAACUUGAUCAAGUUGUUGCUUAUCGACAACAAGUACAAUUAAGAUUUAAUGAUGAUGUAUCUACACUUGAACAAUUAGAUGAAGCUUUAAUUUUAUUAGAAGAAUUAAGUGAGAUGGAAAAUAAAAUUGAUUCAAUUUAUUUACCAAUUGAAACAACUUAUACACUUCUUGAUGAAGUUUAUAAGAUUCCAAUUUCACGUGAUGAACUUGAAGAAUGUUCACAAUUAUGUGAUAAAUGGUCAGAAUUAAUGUUAAAUGCUGAUCGUGUACGAAGACAAUUAUUACAGGAACGUCGACAACAAUUAGAACAAGAAUUAGAUAAACAAGUUAAAUCAUUUGUUGUUGAAGUUAUUCGAUUUCGAAAUUCAUUUGAUGUCGAAGGACCUAAUGUACCAGGUUUAGGACCAUUAGAAGCAGCUAAACGUUUAAAAGAUUUUCAAGGACAAUAUAAAAUAAUGCAUCGACGUAAACAAACAUUAAAUUCCAUAUCAACAUUAUUUAGUUUACAACAAAAACAAUUUCCUGAAUUGGAUAAAACAGGAGAAGAAUUGGUAUUACUUGAUCAACUUUAUAUAUUAUAUAAAAAAUUCAUUGCGUUUGAUACAACAUUUCGUGCAACUCUUUGGUCUGAAGUUGAUUUAAAUCAAAGUAAAAAUGAACUUAAUCAACUUUGGACAGAAUUUUGUGAUUUACCAUCAAAAUUACAAGAACGUAUUUGGACAGCUUAUUUUGAUUUGGAAGCUCAUUUAAAAAAAUAUCUUCAAUUAUUACCAUUAUUAUUUAUGUUAAAUGCACGAGAAAUUCGUAGUCGUCAUUGGUUAAAAGUAAUGCAAAUAACAGGAUGUUCAUUUCAAUUAGAAUCAAGUGUAUUUAAAUUAAAUGAUUUAUUAGAUAUAUCAUUAGAUAAAUAUCAAAAUGAAAUUUCUGCUAUUUGUUUUUCAGCAAGAAAAGAACUUGAAUUAGAAACAAAAAUGCGUAGUAUUGAAGAAGAAUGGACUGAACAAAUACUUAAUUUUGAACCAUAUAAAGAUUAUGGUUCAAUUUUAUUAGAGAAACGUUAUGUUGAAAAUUUACUUGAACAUUUAGAAGAUGGUAAAGAAACACUUGCUCAAAUGCUAACAACACGAUAUAUUGAACCGAUACGUGAAGAAGUAGCAUCAUGGUCUGAAAAAUUAAAAGCUAUUAGUGAAAUUCUUGAACUAUGGCUUGAAGUUCAAGAUAUGUGGUUAGGUGCUGAAAAUAUAUUUAAUAAUCCAUCAGCUGGAAAAGAUAUAUCAUUAGAAUCUAAACGAUUUGUACGUGUUGAUAAAACAUGGUUAAAAACUCAACGACAAUCUUCUGAAAUUCGUAAUGUUUUACAAUGUUGUUUGAGUGAACCACCAAAAAAAGGUAUAUUAAAAGAAAUGCAAAAAGAAUUAGAAAUAUGUAAUAAAUCAAUAUCAUUAUAUUUGGAUCGAAAACGUCAAAUAUUUCCACGUCUUUGUUUUCUUACUAAUCGUAUAUUAAUAUCAUUAUUAAGUCGACAAGAUACAAUUUAUUAUGUAAAACAACAUUUCCAAUCAAUAUUUAAUGGAAUUCGUGAUCUUAAAUUAUCUAUUACAAAUAUUGAUCAACCAAAAGUAGAUGAAGAACGACGUACUACAGUUACAAGUGAAUCUCGUUCUCAUGCCGAAUUUGUUGUUAUAACUCACCAGGAUAUUAUACAAGUAAUGAGUGAUGAUGGUGAAUGUAUGCCAUUACAUCGUUCUGUACCAUUACAAAAAUCUGUGGAACAAUGGCUUAGUCGUUUACAAGAAUCAGUUGCUGAAACAAUACGAAUGGAUACAGGCAUUGUUGAAUGUAAAAAUGAUCGAAAAGGUUUAAAUACAGCUUCAAAACGUUUUGCAUUAUUGAUUCAAAAAAUACCAGCAGUAUUAUCACGUUUACAAUGGAAAACACCAGCACAACCCGUUUUAAUUAUACAUAAAUUACGUUUAGAAGGAGUUCUUGCGUUUGCGGCAUUUUUACGUGAGAAUUUCGAUGCACUUUGCUCACGCCGUCGUGAAAUAACACAAAAAGAUUUCGAUUGGCGACGAUGUUUUCGAGUUUAUCAACAAACAUCUCCUUCAGGAUCAGAAUCAAAAUCUAGUGAUAGUAGUGUAAUGUCAUCAAGCAGCUAUAGUGAACCAAUUCGUAUGCAAGUAAUGGAUGAUAUAUUUUCUUAUGGUAAUGAAUUUUAUGGAAUACAUCAAACAUUAUGUAUUACAUCAACAACAGAAAAAUGUUUUCUUAGUAUAUGGCUUGCUUUAUCAUUUAAACGACCUGUUCUUGUACAAGGAAAUGCAACUAGUUUUGCUCGCUUUCUUGGUCGAUUUGUUGCAACAUUUGAAUGCUCUCAACAUGUUGAUACAUCAGCUGUUUGUAUGUUUACAAUUGGAUUAGUAUCUGAUGGAUGUUGGGGUAUUUUUAAUAAUAUUCAUACUCUAACAGUUAAUGUUCUAUCUCCCCUUGCUGAAUAUAUAACACUAAUUUCUGAUGCUCUUCGAACAAAUAAUUCAGCUGCCACAAUAACUUCAGAAAGCAAAGAGAUUCCAAUUCGAUUGUCUGUUGGUAUAAUAGCAACACGUAAUCCAUUUGCUAUUAAUCCAAAUACUGGCAACUACACAAUUUUAUUAUCUGAAAUUCAAUCUCGUUUUCGUAUGGUUUCAAUAGUUAAACCGGAUGUUGAUCAAAUCUUUCGUAUAAAAUGUUUCGAAUAUAAUUUUAAAAAUUCAAAUGUUAUUGCUGAAAAAAUUUCACUUCUCUAUGAAAUAAUUCGAUUAUAUGUACCAACUAGUAUGGCAUCAAGUGGACAGAAAAUUGAAGAUGCUAAACGUUCUUUAUCAAUCAAAACACCUUCUUAUGCUGGUGCGAAAUCUGAUCAAUUAUUAAUUGCUCAAGCAUUUAUAGAUGUUAUUGAUGCCCGAUUGAAUCCUGAUCAUGCAAAAACUUUUCGAAUAUUUGUGCUUGAAACACUUGUUGGACGAGAUGAAUCGAAAAUGACAACAUUAAAUACCACAAGUGCUAUGCUCGAUAAAAUUAUAAUUGAUAAAGCAGCUGAUCAGGAUUUCAUGCCGAAAAGGCUUUGGGUUGCAAAAUGUGUACAAAUGGUUCAUGCAGCAAAUGUUGCAAAAAAUAUGAUUUUAUGUGGAUCAACACAUAGUGGUAAAUCAAGUGCAGCUAUGUUAAUGGUUGAUGUAUUAACGCAAAUGCAACAACAACAACAAUUGCAAACAUCUGUUCAACAGCAAAAAAGUUUAUCAGUACCACAAGAAUCCAAUUAUGCUCAAGAAAUUGCUACACAAACACAUAAAGUCUAUCGAAUAAACCCAUUAGCUAUUGAAUCUGAAAAUGUUUUACUUGGUUAUCAUACAUUAGCAAAUGAUUGGCAAGAUGGUGUUCUAACAACCAUGUUACGUAAAGCUAAUCGAAAUAGUCAUACAAGUUGGAUUUGUUUUGAUGGAAUAAUAAGUCGAACAUGGGCUGAUUUAUUACCAUCAAUAUUAGAAAAAGAAUCAUCAUUACAAAUACGUAAUGGAGAUAAAUUAUUUUUACGUGAUCAAGUUAAAUUUAUGUUUGAAACAUUAUCAUUAGCUGAUGCAUCACCUUCAUUUGUUGCUAAUUCGACUAUAAUUUAUUUUGAUAAAUCAGUUAUUGAUUGGAAAGUUAUUGCAGGUGCAUGGCUUAAAGAUUGA